UGCAUUCCAGAGAGCCGAACGAGCUAGAGCAACAAAGGAGCCGGGGAGUCGGUGGGGAGAAGUCGGGGGUCUGCGGCGCGCUCGGGCGAAGGUGGCGGCUGGGCCGCGGGGCUGGCGCAGAGGCGAAGCCGGGGAGCUAUCCCCCACCGCCUGCCCGCGCCUGGCCUCCAUCGCGGGGCUGGAAGAUAGUUUCAAGAGGGAAUGGGGCUGGAGAUUGGGGGCCCAGGGGGCUCCCGGGGCUGAAGACAACUUGGAUUGCCCGGAGAAAGAGUAGGGAGUUGUGCAUCCCGGCCGGGGCCUCCGCCGCCCAACAUGGGCCCCGGGUUCCAAAGUUUGCGAAGUUGGGCGCCGAGGGCCCGCGGCUCGCGGAGCGGGCGAGGGGGCCCGGCACCGGAUUCGCCGGGCGCACAGGUCGCCUGAGCCACAUCCGCGGCCCCAAGGGUUGCGUGUGUGGCCGGGGGGCUCCGGGGAGCGGGCGGGGGCGCCGGGGCUUCUGCUGAGUUGGCGGGUUUGGCCAUGGCCGCUGCCCGCCUCGCACUGGGGCCAGGGAUCCUGCUCCUGGGGCUGCUGCUGCUGCUGCUGCUGCUGCUGGGGGGCCCAGGCCGGGGGGCGGCCUUGAGCGGGAACGCGACUGGGCCUGGGCCGCGGAGCGCGGGCGGGAGCGCGAGAAGGAGCGCGGCCGUGACCGGCCCUCCGCCGCUGCUGAGCCACUGCGGCCGGGCAGCCUCCUGCGAGCCGCUACGCUACAACGUGUGCCUGGGCUCGGCGCUGCCCUACGGGGCCACCUCCACUCUGCUGGCCGGGGACUCGGACUCCCAGGAAGAAGCGCACGGCAAGCUCGUGCUCUGGUCGGGCCUCCGGAACGCCCCCCGCUGCUGGGCAGUGAUCCAGCCCCUGCUGUGUGCUGUGUACAUGCCCAAAUGCGAGAAUGACCGGGUGGAGCUGCCCAGCCGCACCCUGUGCCAGGCUACCCGAGGCCCCUGUGCCAUUGUGGAGAGGGAGCGUGGCUGGCCUGACUUCCUGCGUUGUACCCCUGACCACUUCCCCGAGGGCUGCCCGAAUGAGGUGCAGAACAUCAAGUUCAACAGUUCGGGCCAGUGUGAGGCUCCCUUGGUUCGGACCGACAACCCCAAGAGCUGGUAUGAGGACGUGGAGGGAUGUGGGAUCCAGUGCCAGAACCCGCUGUUCACUGAGGCCGAGCACCAGGACAUGCACAGCUACAUCGCGGCCUUCGGCGCAGUCACAGGCCUCUGCACACUCUUCACCUUGGCCACGUUUGUGGCUGACUGGCGGAAUUCGAAUCGCUACCCUGCUGUUAUUCUCUUCUACGUCAAUGCGUGUUUCUUUGUGGGGAGCAUCGGCUGGUUGGCCCAGUUCAUGGACGGCGCCCGCCGGGAGAUCGUCUGCCGUGCAGAUGGAACCAUGAGGCUCGGGGAGCCCACCUCCAAUGAGACCCUGUCCUGCGUCAUCAUCUUUGUCAUCGUGUACUACGCCCUUAUGGCUGGUGUCGUCUGGUUUGUGGUCCUCACCUAUGCCUGGCACACCUCCUUCAAAGCCCUGGGCACCACCUAUCAGCCUCUGUCCGGCAAGACCUCCUACUUCCACCUGCUCACGUGGUCACUCCCGUUUGUCCUCACUGUGGCAAUCCUUGCCGUCGCCCAGGUGGAUGGGGACUCUGUGAGCGGCAUCUGUUUUGUGGGUUACAAGAACUACCGAUACCGUGCAGGCUUCGUGCUGGCCCCGAUCGGCCUGGUGCUCAUUGUGGGAGGCUACUUCCUCAUCCGAGGAGUCAUGACUCUGUUUUCCAUCAAGAGCAACCAUCCCGGGUUGCUGAGUGAGAAGGCUGCCAGCAAGAUCAACGAGACCAUGCUGCGCCUCGGCAUUUUUGGCUUCCUGGCCUUUGGCUUUGUGCUCAUCACCUUCAGCUGUCACUUCUACGACUUCUUCAACCAGGCUGAGUGGGAGCGCAGCUUCCGGGACUAUGUGCUGUGCCAGGCCAACGUGACCAUCGGGCUGCCCACCAAGAAGCCCAUUCCUGACUGUGAAAUCAAGAAUCGCCCCAGCCUCCUGGUGGAGAAGAUCAACUUGUUUGCCAUGUUUGGAACCGGCAUUGCCAUGAGCACCUGGGUCUGGACCAAGGCCACGCUGCUCAUCUGGAGGCGCACCUGGUGCAGGUUGACUGGGCAGAGUGAUGAUGAGCCCAAACGCAUCAAGAAGAGCAAGAUGAUCGCCAAGGCCUUCUCCAAGCGGCGUGAGCUGCUGCAGAACCCAGGCCAGGAACUCUCCUUCAGCAUGCACACUGUCUCCCACGACGGGCCUGUGGCGGGUUUGGCCUUUGACCUCAAUGAGCCCUCUGCCGACGUGUCCUCUGCCUGGGCCCAGCAUGUCACCAAGAUGGUGGCUCGGAGAGGAGCCAUACUGCCCCAGGAUGUGUCUGUCACCCCUGUGGCAACUCCAGUGCCCCCAGAGGAAAAAGCCAACCUGUGGCUGGUUGAGGCAGAGAUCUCCCCAGAGCUGGAGAAGCGCCUGGGCCGGAAGAAGAAGCGGAGGAAGAGGAAGAAGGAGGUGUGCCCGCUGGUGCCACCUCCUGAGCUUCACCACCCUGCCCCUGCCCCUGCGGCCAGUGCUGUUCCUCGACUGCCUCAGCUGCCCCGGCAGAAGUGCCUGGUGGCCGCAGGUGCCUGGGGAGCUGGGGAAUCCUGCCGACAGAGAGCCUGGACCCUGGUCUCCAACCCCUUCUGCCCAGAACCCAGUCACCUGCAGGAUCCAUUUCUGCCCAGUGCCCCAGUUCCCACGGCGGCCUGGGCUCAGGGCUGCCGGCAGGGGCUGGGGCCCAUUCACUCCCGCACCAACCUGAUGGAGGCAGAGCUCAUGGAUGCAGAUUCAGACUUCUGAGCCCGGAGAGUGGGACCUGGGAUAGGAAAGAGCGGCAAAUACCAUUCUGAGGUUCUUCAUCCUCCCUGAGAGUGCUUCCCCAGGAUCUUGUCUUCCAGAGCACCUGAGGGUGCAGUGCCCUCCCAGGAGGGCUCUAUGUGUCUGUCUCAGGGCAGCAGGACUGUGGGAAAGGGCCCUGACAUCUCCACGGGCAGGCUUCAUCCAGGGAAGGACCCUGGAGCUCAGGGUCCUUGUUUCUGCCCCACCAGCUGGAGUCUGGCUGGCAGUAUCCAUGUGCAGCAGGGUCAUGAGAUCUGCAGAGCUUGGGG